AAGAAUUAAAUAAUUGGCAAGGUGGGCAAAGCAAGAUUCACUCCUUGGUUCAACCACUUGGAUCAAAAUUUUCAAAUUUCUUUUACUCUCUCUCUCUAUCUGGGAGCAAGUAUAAUAUAAAUUUUUGAACCAAUUAACUACGGUUGGAAGUUCAAGGCUUCAAGCUAGCUAGCUAGAGGUAUUAAUAGAGAAGCCUAGUUGGGUAUUGGAAGCUGCAUACAUAACAUACAUGUUUGUGUAUCCGAGAAGUGGAAGAGGGAGAGGGAGGGAAGAUAAUAAGGAGAAUGAAGAGGAGCAGAGAUAUGGAGAAGAGAUCAGAGAUAAACUCUGCCAUUGAAGAGUUGUCUUUGCUGGCUAUAGUCAAACCAGGUGGUAAUCAUGAGAGUGCGCACAUCCCCACCAAACCCUUCCUAUCUCUAUGCUACAUGGUUCUACAAGUUCUUGAUAAGAUAGGCCCAACGAUGGCUGUUUUGAGACAAGACGUUCACCAGAAUAUUAAGAGAUUGGAAAUGAUGCAUGAAUUGAACCCCUCAAUGAAUUCGAAUUUGGUUGAAAUACUGAAAUCAGAAGCUAGCAAAGGCAACGCAAGAAAGAGGUUUAGUUGCAGUAAAGCCUUUCUUUGGCUCACCAGAUCCCUGGAUUUCUCUUCAGCAUUGUUACGAGCAUUAGAAAUCGAUCCUAAAAAGAAUAUGGAGCAAAUAGUUCAAGAGACUUAUGAUGCAACCCUGUCACCAUGGCAUGGAUGGAUUUCAUCAGCUGCUUUCAGAGUAGCUAUAAAACUAGUGCCAGAUACUCAAACUUUCAUGGAUCUCCUCAAGGAAAGAGAUGAAAGCUGUGACACCCUAAAGGACCAAAUGCAGAUCUUGGUUUCUUUGCUUGUGCCUUUUCUUGAGGAUGUUCAUUGUAUUCUUAAAGUGUAUAACUUGGACAGGAUUAAGUCAACUUGAAGAUAGAAGAAUAUGUACAGCUCUGUGUAGUGUAUAUUUUGGUUUCAUUCCUCUCUGUUUUCGUGUAAAUGGCUUGUAUAGUAAAAUUUUCGUUAACACUGAUAUGUAGUUAUAAAUUUGCUUUCGGCUACUCAAUAUAUAAUAUUAUUAUACAUUAAAAUUGUACAAGUUGAAUUCAA